UGUUUGAGAAGUUUUGUCAGAUGCAGAAAAAGUUGAAUACAGAAAACUUAGAUUAAUGUCAAUUUAAGAAUUGAUAUUACAUAAAAAGUUGUUCCCAUGUUUUCUUUAGAUUUAUGGUUAAGGUUGUGUGAGACAUUAUGCUUUUAUGUUGCCCUCCAUAAAAACAGUCUUAAACAAGGUUUUAAAAGGAAAAUAAUGAAGCUGCACAUAGUAUAAGAUAAUCAUUUACUUCUAUUAUUGUCCAUGACCACUCCUGGCUGUAGGGCUUAGAUGGUCCACAAGUCUCCACCGUCUCGUCUCAGCUCCACUGUGACCUCAUGCCAUCCUUUUCACAAAGGUGCAUUCAGCAUCAGUGUAAUGUGUAAGAGCACUGAGCGCUAUUACUUUAACCACUGAACAAGGGCAUGAUUCAGCACAGUACAACUCGGCUUAUCUUUUAUGGCAAGUCGGUUUUACUUUAACUGAUAACCAAGCAUGAGUGUGCUAUGCUUCAUGUUUGGUUCACAGUGCUGUCCAAGUCUCAGUACACUCCCAGGCUCAAUCCAAGCUCAGGUGACCCUUGUGCGAUAAGAUAAACCUUUGCUCCCUCUUGUUUGCUUCACCUCCAACCUUUUGAUCCUCCACCUGGGGAGGUGUGUGGCCUAUAAAACGAUGUGGGGCCGAGAGUUGACUGGAUACCAGAGAAAUAGACGGAGGAACAUCUUUGACUGCUCUCGUACAUUGUUAUGGCUUCUGGAUUUUUACAGUCCCCAUUUGGUGAAGUGUGGAUAUCUCAGAAGCUGCAUGGAGGUGGUGAUGGAUCACUGGACCGACUCCUCCCCUCAGUUAGCACAGGCCUGACACCUCGGAAAAGAACCACUAGCCAGUGCAAGUCUGAGCCUCCUCUCCUACGCACCUCCAAACGAACCAUCUACACCGCUGGACGCCCGCCCUGGUACAACGAACAUGGAACACAGUCCAAAGAGGCCUUUGUCAUUGGUCUGUGCGGCGGCAGCGCUUCAGGAAAGACAACAGUAGCCAGGAAAAUCAUCGAGGCUCUAGAUGUGCCUUGGGUUGUGCUACUUUCAAUGGACUCUUUUUACAAGGUCCUGACCCCAGACAAGCAGAUUCUUGCCGCCAGUAACGACUAUAACUUUGACCACCCUGAUGCCUUUGACUUUGGUUUGCUGACACACACCCUGCGCAAACUCAAACAAGGCAAGAGCGUGAAAAUCCCUGUGUAUGACUUUACAACCCAUGGGAGACAGAAGGACUGGAAAAUUGUGUAUGGAGCCAGUGUUAUCAUCUUUGAGGGAAUCAUGGCCUUUACAGAUAAAGAGCUCUUACAGUUGCUGGACAUGAAGAUUUUUGUGGACACGGAUUCCGACAUUCGCUUGGUGCGCCGGUUGAGGAGGGACAUUACAGAUAGGGGGCGAGACAUCGAGGGCGUCAUCAAACAGUACAACAAGUUUGUGAAGCCAGCGUUUGAGCAGUACAUUGAGCCCACCAUGCGCCUGGCUGAUAUUGUGGUACCACGUGGUGGCGGCAACAUGGUGGCCAUUGAUUUGAUCGUGCAGCAUGUACACAGUCAGCUGGAGGAGAGGAAACUUCGCUGGGAUAUGGCAGCCCUGGCAUCUGCACACCAGGCACAACCCCUCCCCCAGACCCUCAGCGUCCUGGAGAGCACACCCCAGGUCAGGGGUAUGCACACCAUCAUCAGAAAUAAGGAAACCAGCCGUGAUGAGUUCAUCUUCUACUCCAAGAGGCUGAUGCGUCUGUUGAUCGAGCGAGCGCUCUCCUUCCUCCCCUCACAGGUCCACCUAGUCCAGACCCCCCAAGGAGAGGAUUAUGAAGGCAGGACUUUUCAUGGGAAGAGGAUCACGGGCGUGUCCAUCCUGCGAGCCGGGGAGACCAUGGAGCCGGCACUGAGGGCCGUCUGCAAAGACGUCCGCAUCGGCAAGAUCCUCAUUCAGACCAACCAGGACACAGGAGAACCAGAGCUUCACUACCUGCGUCUACCUAAAGACAUUGGUGAGGAUCAUGUGAUUCUGAUGGACUGCACCGUGUCCACUGGAGCCGCUGCCAUGAUGGCUGUACGAGUCCUGCUGGAUCACGAUGUUCAGGAGGAGAAAAUCCUGCUGGUGUCUUUGCUAAUGGCGGAAAUGGGAGUUCAUUCAGUGGCCUACGCGUUUCCACAGGUCAAAAUCAUCACAACAGCCGUCGACAAGAAGGUCAACGACCUCUUCCACAUUAUACCUGGCAUCGGAAACUUUGGGGAUCGAUACUUUGGAACGGAUGCACCUCCUGAUUGGAGCGAUGAAGAGAUGGACGAGCCCAGUUACUAGUGACGAUAUUGACUGUGCACUGAAGUGUCUGGUGAUGCUGGUCAGUUCUCCUCUGAGGACAAUACGAGGACAUGCUCUUUGCUUCGGUCAGGCCAUGACAUACUGUACAGUUUGUCCUCUAAGAGCCACACAAGGGCCCUGAAAUACAGUAAAAUACAUCGCUACAGUCACCUUGUUCAAUCUUUAAAUUAUAUUAUUUAAUCUUGUGUAAAUACUGUUGUGGAAAGAGGUGUUAUGAAGGUUAAAUAUUUUUAUAUUUUGAUUAAGUUAUAAAGUCCAAAGGUUUUAUUAUGGUUUUUGAAUUUUGGCAAUCUCUGUUUGGAACUCUGCAGACUCGUUGUUUUAAGAAGAUAUUUCUUGCCUUAAGCCGUGCACUGUGGACGACACAACUGAAUGUAAAUUUGCACGAGCUGUACACGAGAAAAAAAAGAUUCAAGCUUUCAAGGUCAUUUCGAUCAAACAGCUUCCUCACAACUUUCACAAAAGUAAAAAAAAUCUGAACAUGAACUCAUGUUGCUCAACUUCCAUUGCCAAGAGCACUUUCUGAAGGACCAUUCAAUCGGAAAAUGUGUAGGUGUAUCCGUCUCUUUCUUUUUUUUUGCUCUCUGGUUCAGCCUUUCCCUUCUCUGUGGAUGCCGACCUCACCAGUUAAAAAGGGUGUUGAAACCCGCUUUUCAUUAUACAGCUGCAAGUAUGCACUUGUGAUGGGUAUUUAUGCAGUAUGUCCUUCAUUUACAUAUUUUUUACUAUGGAUAGACCUGACCAGUGAAAAUAGAAGUCAUACCUCUUUUUACUGCCGUGAAAAUGGGUCAUCUGCAAUUUUUUUUCUUUAAACACACAGAGAUUAAGUGUUUAUUUCUGUCCCACGCAUCCUGAUUCAUGCCUCUUUUUGUUUUGCUUUAGAGGGAAUUGUGUCAUUCUAGUUAACAACAGAAAGGUGCUGUUAGGAUGUGAACUCAGAACAUGUCGAAGGGGUUCUGCUAGUGCCUGAUCUCUUCACGUGGAAUCAGUAUUGAAACAAUAGGAGAUGUGCUUGUUAGAAUCUGUGCCUGUUUAACGUGGCCUUGCUCUUAAAAGGAUCAGUUCAACAGCUCGCCACACAGUCACAUGGUUUUCUCAACGAAUGCAAUUAAUAGUGAAGCUCUCCUCUAGGCGUUCACAACUCAUCAUCAAUACACCAACUCAUUUUAUUCCCAUGCACUGUAAGAGGAGAUACAUUAACACUGUGGUUUGUGUUGAAAAUGUAACUCCAUGCAUCCUGUCACAUUAUACUUACUGUUACUACUGUGUCAACAUUUAGUAAACUGCUGGAGUUCCACAGAUAGCGAGUCGCUCCGUACUGAAAAUGCAGUGAUUGUGUUUGCAGCCUCAGUGUUUGACCACGUGCUGUUUUUUGGUCUUUAAUUCAUCUGCUGCAUGUUUGUUAUAUAUUUAAUAAAAAAAAGUGCAAUGGAGCUUUUA